CAAAAAAAAAAAUGGAUCCAGAAACUCGAAGCGAAUCACCAUCGGACACGAAUCGCCAUGAACAGUCUUCAAAAACAUCAUUUUUAAUUGAAGAUAUAUUAUACCGGAGCCAUGAUAGUCGAAACUUCAAAACGCCCGAACAGAGAAGAUUUGACUACGAUAGAGACCCGAAACCUUUUUUUCCCGUACCGGGGGAAAUGAGACCCCAUGUCCCUGGUAGAGAAGGGUCCUAUCUGCAAGUCGCUAUGGGGGCUUUGGGAGCUUAUUUGCAUACUCCUAAUACGUAUAAGGCUGUGGAAACUCCGUAUUUUCUUUCACAAGGAGUCCCAUAUCACGCACUAUUCACACCUUCAGAAUUAUCUCUAUCGGCACUGAAACAUUGUCGGCGGAGGAAAGCUAGGACGGUUUUCUCGGAUCCACAACUAACAGGUCUAGAAAAACGCUUCGAAUCCCAGCGGUACCUCUCAACUCCUGAGCGCGUGGAGUUAGCUGGAGCCCUCAAUCUCUCGGAGACGCAGGUGAAGACCUGGUUCCAGAACCGACGGAUGAAGCACAAGAAGCAGAUGAGGAAACAGCAGCAGCAACGAGGUGAGGCAACAGCAGUCGAUUUCACCACAAAACAUUCAGCCACGCACUCUGAUAGUCGGAAAGCGGAAAACUCAAGAAUAUCGACAGAUUCGGACACAGAACACAGUGACAGCGACAUCGAUAUUGUCGGCGAAUCGACAUACGCACAACACUACUCUUCUAACAACACGUAAAGGUCUAUUUAAGCGUUAAUAUUGUA